AUGCUUGUUCAAAAUCUCAAAAAAAUUGAGUCUAUCGUGGUGCUGAGUCAUUACUGUGGGCUGUACACGCCCUCGGACGAUGACCUCGACGAAGAGCUAUCUGGUGGGAGUGGCAUCUUGAGAGACUUGCUAGUUCAACUCAUGGCCCAGUGGAAAUUCGGCAAACUCACGUCCCUUGACGAAGACGAUGUUGAUCUAGUGAAAAAUAAAAGUGCCAGUUUGAAUCUCAAAACUCUACGACGCAUAUUUCACAAUCUGAUUGUUGGCUUGCCAGCGGGGACGCCUUUAUUCAUUAUCAUCGAUAACAUCAAUUAUUAUGAAACCAGCGAGCUGCGGAGAGAGACCAAGAAAGCAAUCAGAGAAAUUAACCAGCUUCUCUCUGUCCGCAAGGUCAAGGCAUUGGUGAAGAUAUUUGUCACAGCUGCGAACAGGGCGUUUGAAAUAGGCGAUUGCUUUCAGGAUGAGGACAAGAUAGUGGUGCCAGCGCAUCCGAGCGGAGACAAAAUGGGCUUUGCAGACAAACGUUUUGAAUUGGAUUUUGGAACUCAGAUUGCCAAUUUGAAGAGGUCGAGUCAACAACUAGACAAACCCAAGUAA